CUUGUAUACAACUCCAGUCCACUUCUUCUUGCCAGAGUUCUGCAUCCGCGCAUAGUUAGCAGCCAUAUGGCACGCAUGUUGGCUAGCCCUGAGACACGGAUCCUGGCGGGCGCCCUUCGGCUAGCUCAUUUGCUUAUAGAUCAGGUGCCUAGCGUAUUUCCUGCUUAUUUUCGUAAAGAGGGCGUUCUCCAUCGAGUUACCCGACUCUCCAGAGCUCCACUGACCGCUGCUCUAGCAUCUUCAUCCGCGUCAUGCCUCCUGUCGGGCGAGAGUAUCAGGCCAGUCGGGUCAACUGACGGAUUAUACACUUCAACGUCCACUACGUCUACAAACCCUAACUCCUUGUUUGGGUUACCUUAUCUGGCUACCACUACUGCCGCUGCCAUUGACUCCAACACGGAGACUGGUAGCUCAGCUUUACCCCCAUCACUGCCAUCGGAAAUUCCACAGGAAUUGCUGACCGUACCGAAUAAUUUGAGUGUUCCAGCUUCAUCUCCAAGCUCACAUCAGAAUCGCCUAACCGAUCUUUUCCAUCGAUGCCAUAGACUUCCACGAACUUGUCAACCCACUACUAUUUCUUCAGUCUCUUCUGCUAUUUUGCCUGUCAUGCAAAACGAGCCAUCUAAUACUGCGAAUGGCACCAUUGAUGGCCAUUCUUAUAUUAUCUCGCAGGCCUCGACAGGUAUUACUUCUUGUUCACGUCUGGUAAAGCGCGGUAUAGGCGCAGCCAUGCAAUUUUCCAAACAGGAGACAUGCACGCGAAUGACUGAUGAGGCAAGUUUCGUGGAUGCGGCUAAGGAUGAAUCACUUUUAGCAUAUUCUUCCUCGAUAAGAGAUGUAUAUCUAUCACCUAGUCUGCCUCAUUAA